AUGGUGACCAUAUCAAGAGGUGUUAACGUCGACGCCGAGGAUUCGACGCAUGAUAGUCUACUCCUGGAACCACCAUUGACUCUCCCUUUUUUACUUCUUGUUAUCCUAACAGCUAAGAGCAAUGACUACCAUCCCAGCCACAAAAUCGGUGGUGAGCUGUUACUCGGGAGCACCCCUGAACACCCCUUUCAGCCCAGGUAUCAUACAAGCCUUGCAUAUCACAAGCCGGCAGUUGUAAAAUACCAUUGCUUAAACCCGAAAUUAAAAUUAAUUGGAGAUAGGAGUAUAAUAGAUAUAUCAUGGCCGUAUGUUCACGGAAGGGAUAAGAGGCCGCACGCCACUUGCCGCCUCUUCGAGUAUGCACUUUCGAGCUGGAGUGGCAGAACCUGA